AUGACUUCGGUGAUGUCUGUCUGCGUGCGAAACACAAUGAGAAACAUGUAUUUCAAUGCGAUAAUGAGCUUAUUCUCCAUCUCGAGUACCGUUAGUGUGUUGACUGGUUUCCAGACUCCGGCCCCUAAGUUAACCCUAUUAUCCCCGGCUCUCAACGGAGACACAGUUGACAUUAUGGCCAACACUAGCCUUCAUCUGAAGUGUACGGGCGAUAAGCCUAUGUACUGGCAGUUUCCCAAUAAUAAUCCGCAGUACGACCCGGUGGUCAAAGUGGCACAGAUUCGUAGCAAAUGCGAUGACAAUCAACAUUUGAAAUGUGUUACCGAUGUUGUCAUACCUGAAGUCGAUUACGAAAUGACCGGUCAUUUCACGUGUCUCUACAACGACUCGACAAUAAGCGAGAGAUCGGACACUAUCUAUGUCUACGUGAACGGCAAAGCAGAUCCGGAAUAUCUGAUCGUUCCGUAUGAGGGAAACUAUGACUUCAUGUUUAUAGCGGUGUUUCAGUCGCAACCGGCGACCAUUCCCUGCAAACCAACCGAUUCCAGAGCUAAGGUCUCGCUAUGGAAAGUACACACAAAUUCCGGUAUUCCUCAGGAGAUUGUGGUCAACAAUACGCUGGGAAUCACUUACAACGCGAAGAAAGGCUAUCACUUUGAGUACCCGCGUUGGGACGGAGAGACCAGUCUUCUCGAGUGUAAGGUUGAGUUGGAUGGCAUCGAAAUGAUAUCGCAAAUUAGUAUACACUGGUCAAUAUUGCCGGUGGAAUUGCAUCCUCUUAUUGACGACAGUCGGGCUAAAAAUGUGUUCAUAAACAGCACUUUCACGUUAAAAUGUUUCGUUCACAUUGAGCUUGGUGUUAUAAUUGUGAUUACGUGGGACGUACCCAACCAUAAUACUUUAGAAAGAUUUACGGAAUCAAUGGCUGAAACUCAGAGAAUUGAAUUGAAUGGCAAUAGUUAUGAUACGGUCUCAAAGAAUCUGACCAUAACUGAUGCACAAAUGGAAGACGACGGCAAUUAUCACUGCAAUGUCACCGAUGGUAACGGCAGAGUGUUUAGUACAUCCAAAAAAGUCACUGUAUAUGAGAAUGGUUUGCCGCCGUCUUAUGUGAACUUUUCAAUGGAUAUCAACAAUAAUAAGCCACUGAUUAGUAAAGUGGGAGAAAUGCUGGGAAACACUAGCGAUAUGUCGACAAACAUAUCGAUGCACUUAUUAGUGAGCGUGAUUGCCAAUCAAAGCGGUGCCUAUCGUUGUUUUGCCACUAAUGACAACACCACUACAAUUCACAGCCAGAUCUCGUUUAUUGUGACCGAUGCUAUAAACGGAUUCUCAAUCAUAUCAUCGACUGAUGAGCCGACAGUACGGGAAGACAUAAGCCUCACCUGUAAGGCCAGUGUUUACAACUAUACAGAACUCAAUUGGAUUAGAAAACCAUUGGACGGAAUAAUAGAGUCAGAAGAUGAGUACAAUCUGACGGACAUAUCAGCGCCGGUUAUGAUUGAGUCUAAUAUGAAAGACAAUGUGAUAGAGAAGACUCCAUACACUCAAUUGGAGUUGCGAUGUAUGGUUAGGGGAAGACCUAAACCAGUGAUCACUUGGUAUAGGAAUAAAAAGCCAUUUAUUGUGACCGAAAAUACUGGCAUUAAAUUGGAGGACAGAAACCAAAUCUUGACGUUUACGCGAAUUCUGGACAAAGAUUCGGGUCUUUAUGAAUGCGAAGCACACAAUAGCGGCGGUACUGUUAAGCGAAGCGCUCGACUCAAAGUAGACAGUCCUGAAGACACCACUUCCGGACUCAGCACUGAAGAGAUCAUUGUGUUUGUGCUGUUCGUUGUGGUCGGAACUGUCAUGAUAUUUAUGGCCAUAUAUAUCGGCAAAAAGAUCAGACAGGAAAGGAAACAAAAGCGUGAACUCGAGUUUCUAUCUCACAAUCUCUUCGAAACGGGACAAAUAGAGAUGUUUAACCCCGAUAUGCCUCUCGACGAACAAAUUGAAUUAUUGCCUUACGAUCCCAGAUAUGAGUUCCCCAAAGAAAGACUCAAAUUAGAGAGCGUCCGUUACGCAGAUAUUAUGCAUAAUCAACAGACAAGCGGUAGUUAUACUAACGGUUACAUCACAACAAUCAAUAGCGCGGGUCAAGAGACGGGUCAGGACUCAAGUUCGGCCAAUGGUUCGGGCGGUUAUCGCGGAGAGUCUAUACAUAAGCGAAAUAAAGACAAAUUGGUUACGACUUGUGAUUUACUUCUCUGUUGGAGAGCCGAACCUAAAGAUAGGCCAGACUUUAUGGAAAUCGCGGAUAUUAUUGGAGCCCUUUUGGAGUCUAAUGUUAGACAA